AUGGAGAGCCAGGCUGCCGAGACAAAAUGGACAACUUUAGUAAAGACACCUGGCAACCGCAAGAGAACAUUUAUUGCAGUCUGCGUCGGCGCCUUUGCUCAGUGGAAUGGAGUAGCAGUCGUGUCAUACUAUCUCAGCCUCGUUCUCGACACAGUCGGCAUUACAGAUUCGAGUACACAGACACUAAUCAACGGGUUGCUGCAAAUUUUCAACUUCAUUGCAGCUGGCAGUGCCGCUAUGCUAGUUGACCGAUUGGGUCGCCGCACUCUGUUUCUCUGGUCGGCUGUGGGAAUGCUUUUCUCCUUCAUAGUUUGGACUGCCUGCUCGGCAGUCUUCAAUACUACGCAAGCCAAACCUCUCGGUAAUACGGUGAUUGCAUUUGUUUUCAUCUUCUAUUUUCAUUACGAUAUCGCCUAUACGCCAUUACUAUUGGGCUACCCAACCGAGAUUUUCCCCUACUCUUUGCGAAGUAAGGGGUUAACUGUUGAGCUUCUAAGCGUGUACGGCUCACUAAUUAUAUUGGCGUUCGUCAACCCGAUUGCACUUGGUAGCAUCGGGUGGCAUUACUAUAUCUUUUUCUGUUGUUUUGAUGUUGUGGUAUUGGUGGUAACUUGGUUUGCAUUUCCCGAAACAAAGGGUCACUCGCUCGAGGAGAUUGCUCAAGUAUUCGACGGUCCCUCAUUUGCCACCAGUGGAAAUGUUUUCGGCAAGGACCAUGAUACGGUUGAGAAAGCUGAACAUGCUGAGCAUGUCGCGUAA